AUGAAUAUAAUUAAAAAGAAGAGACCAGCAAGGAGUGGAACAACACCUAAGGAGCUGCUCCUGCUCAACGAGUCUGUCCACAAGAGGAUGAACACUGUCCCCACCCCACCCCAGCCCCUCCUAGCACUGAGCGCUUUGGGGUUAAAAAACUUGCGCAGGUCCCAGCCUGACUCCAGCAAAGUUCGUCCAGCUGUUCCCCUGGUUGUGUGGAGUCCAGAAGAACAGAGUUUGAAGCACGCGCGGGCUGCAGCACGGAAAGGAUCCAUGGACCCAGCCGCGAUCCUCUACGUCCUCGUCGCCAUCCUGGCCGGGCUGCUGCAGCCCUCAAAGCCUCUCCGGGCGACUGAUGCCGGCACUAACUGUCUUUUCUAUGAAUUCAUCAUCAAUCCUAAGCCCCUGCCUGGACAGCAGCAGUGCAAAGUCCAAGGUCAGCUGGAUCACAGGAUCUUUCUUUCCUAUGACUGUGUUGGUGCCAAGGCCAUAUCAAUGGGUGUCCUUGGAGGGAAGCUCAAUAGCACCAAGUCAUGGAAUGACCAGUUAGAAACACUGCAGGAUGUGGCCACAGAGUUCAAACAGCAAGUGUGGGACAUUAAACCAGAGGAAUGUGCAUCCACAGGUAAGUUGGAAUACUCCAAGACAAUGAGAGAGGUGCUAGGGCUUUGGGGAUAUUUACCAUAUUCGUGGGGUAAAGAAAACAACUGGAUGUUGGUCUCAUCAAGGAUGGAUGUGGAUGAAGAACAUGGAAAGAUUAGUAGAUUACAGGAGGUGAGUAUUGGGUGGGGCCAAGGAUUUCUCAAGAAGGGAGGUUAAUCUCUUUCCGUGGGGCAGAUCCCAAUUUCUUGAUGGCCAGGAUGACCUGUCUUCAGAAAGCUGGUGGAAACAUUGUCGGGUUCUGGGACCUUGGAUUUAAAGGAAACAUUUUUCUCCAUCUUGACUCAAACAAUAAAACAUGGAAAGACCUCCCUUCUGGAUUCAGCUCCAUGAACGAGAAGUGGAAGAGUAACAGGGAGCUGACCCAGUGGCUAAGCCGAACAUCAGUGGAUGACUGUGGAAGCUGCUUUAAGGAGUUCCUGGAGCAUUCAGAGGAAAAUCUUCAGAUCAGAGCACCACCCACCACCCUGGCUGCAACUCUACCCACUUCAAAGGCCACCAGGCUGAGCCACAGGGCCCUGCUGCUGAUCCUACCCUGCUCAUUGAUUCUUUUGAAUGUUGUCUGAUUGUAUAAAGAAUUCAAUUGUU